CCGCCAACGCCUCGCCGGGCUCUCGCUUCCUAGCCCUGUUCGGUUCUCGUGAGUCGGCGCUGGGACCCCUGGGCGGACGGGCGUGGCGGGGAGAGGGCCGUGGAAGGGAAGCCUUCCCCGCAAAGGGGGCGUCCGUCCCGGCGUGGGGACGUCGCGCGGGCAGGGUCUGGGAGGACCGCGGGGCUGGAGGGUCGCCCCCUGGAGUAGCGGCCGCAGGUCUGACUGGCAGGAGACGCCUGGAGUCUGACAGCCUCGGGGACGGGCAGGGUAAGCCAGGGUAGAAACGUUCAGUCCCUCAGCUUUUGGUUUUGAGAGCGGGUUAAGCGGCUGUGAGCGGACUGGCUUUUGGGUGCAGGAUCCUGGAGCCCUGGCGCGCGCGCACGAUCACAGGGAGCCUGUUGGAGAUGCGUGCUGCGGAACUCCCUGUCCUUCCUGUCACCCACCCCUGUCCCCAGGUGCCCAUAUCCCUGUCCCUUAGCUCCAGGAUCCUGGAGCCCUGGCGCGCGCGCACAUCACGGGGAGCCUGUUGGAGAUGCGUGCUCCUGGGCUCCCUGUCCUGUUCCCACCCCGCGUGCCCAGGGCCCACUCCCUGCGUGUCCACCACAGCGCCUGUCCAGCGGGAAUUCAGCUUCGGGGCUGCCCUUGCUGUGAUUGUGCAGACCCCAGGCUUCCUGGGUCGCAGGCACUACCUGGGCUUGUGUGGAUUCUGAGGACUGUCCUCGCAAAGAACUUGACCUUAGGCAACCGUACUUAACUUCCCCUACCUCCCUUUCUAUCUCCUGAAAUAGCGGUUGUUAAAAAAACUUCAGAGGGUCAUGUGAGCCUUAACCGCGGUCUGCUAUUGAAAGCGUGAGUCCCAUGAAUAUAAGGUUCAUUCAUUGAUCAAAGACAAGAAUACUUUGUCUAAUUUCACGUUUACAUAAGGAGUGGAGCUUUUUAACCAUUCCGAGUGAACUGUUUGGCCCCUGAUUUCUCCAUGAGCAUUCUCCAUUGCUGUUUCUUCACUUUGAGAGGCUGGGAUUGAAAGAGGAUAAGAAAUUGGCUGAAGAUCACACAAUUAGUAAAUGUUAGAGCCAGAAUAAAACCCAGUUCUGAGUGACUUGAAAGCGCAUGCUUUUUGCACAUUACGGUCUUAUAUUCCCCAUUCUUCCCAUCCUUUGUCCCCAAGUGACUUUACUUGUCAGUGAAGAGCCCUGGGACCUGUGACGGUUGCUUGAAUAAUCAGGCCAUCAUUAGUUAUUGCCAUAUUUCUAUGUAAACGGUGGUUUUUACUGCUUAGGAGGGAAACUUCAAAGGUGUUUCUAAAACAUAGCUCCCGCUGGAGGGUGCUUUUUAAAUUCUUCAAGGACAAGAUGAAUACAGACUCGAAGGAGGUUUUCCCCUUGGAUGGGCAAGCUCCUGAAGUUUGGGAAGAACUUCUGACAGUGAAAGUGGAGAUGGAAAGUCGUGUCCGAACACAGGAGUCCAGGCUGAAACCUAGUAAUCUUCUGGGGAGGGAAAUUUUCCGAAGGCGCUUUCGACAGCUGUGCUACCAAGAGACCCCUGGACCCAGGGAGGCCCUCACCCGACUCCAGGAACUCUGCCGCCAGUGGUUGAGGCCACAUGUGAGCACGAAGGAGCAGAUCGUGGAGCUGCUGGUGCUGGAGCAGUUCCUGACCAUCCUGCCCGAGGAGCUGCAGGCCUGGGUGCGGGAGCACAGCCCAGAGAGUGGGGAAGAGGCUGUGGUUUUGCUGGAGGAUCUGGAGAGAGAGCUCGAUGAGCCACAACAUGAGGUCGUAGCCCACACACAGGGGCAAGAAGUCCUCUCCGAAGAAGUGCCUGUGGGGGCGCCGACUCCACUGAGCCUCCAGUCCCGGCCUCAGGAGUCCCAGCUCACCUGUGACACUGCUCAGCAGCCCCAUGCUGUUGGAGAGACAGAUGCAAUGACCAAGGCUGAGGACAGAGAGCUGGUGCUGAGAAAAGACUGUCCUAAGACAGUGGCGUCCCAUGGGGAAAUAUUUUACGGGCAGACUUUGGAGGAAUCCCCCCGGGAUCCCCAACAUGGAGAACCCGGUGACCCUGCGGGUUGGGAAGCCGGGCGCUGGGGCGGCCUCCGAGGGGAGCGACGGCACAAGUGUGACGCGUGUGGGAAGAGCUUCGCCCAGAGCGCAGGCCUUGUGCGCCAUCGAGGAUCCCAACCGGGGAGAGGCCGUACGAGUGUAAGGAGUGCGGGAAGACCUUCAGUCGGAGCUCGGGUCUCUUCAACCACCCGAGGCAUCCACAACGGUACAGAAGCGGUACCGCUGCGCGUAGUGCGGCAAGGCCUUCAGCCAGAGCGCGGGUCUCAUCCAGCACCAGCGGACCCACAGGGCAGAGAGGGCCCCAUCAUGUGCGGCCAGUGCGGAAGAGCUACGGGUCGGCGCCGUGUCCUCAUCGAGCACCAGAGGAGCCACACGGGCGAGCGGCCUCACCGGUGCCCACCAGUGCGGGAGAGCUUCAAACCGCCGCUGCAACCUCAGCCGCCAUCACAGACGCACGUGGCGGCCGCGCCGGUCUAGUCGUCGCUGGCGGCGGACCUUCCCGAUCGCGGGCCACGUUCGCGUCCGCUGCGUUUUAGCAAGUACUGGCCUGCGGGCUGAGCACACCGAAGAGGGAGGUGCGGUGUCUGGAGCUGCUGCUUUCCCUCGGGGCUCCUUCACCGGCUCCCGGCCGCCCUGCCCGCCCCGCCCGUAGGUCCCGCUUCGAGAGCGCGGCCGCACCUUCCCGGGUGCGUGCUAAGUCGCGCGGGCCCGGCCCCCAGGCCUGAGGGUCUGUGUGGGUCGGAGCUCCUGGCGAGCGCGCAGAGCUCUGCUGACGGGCUACGGUAAACGGGCCCGCGGCGUCCCCGUCACCUGCGCGGCCUGUCCCCGCCCGCGCGGGUCGCCGUUGCUUCCGGUUCCGGGAGCGCCGCCCUCCGGGAAGCAGCACCGUCCUCGUCCGGCCGGCGGGCGAGGGAGACGCGCGGACUCGCCUUGGCGCCUGGACUUCUGUCUUGGAACCGUGUGAGCUCACGGAAGACCGAGUUUCCAUGCGCUCUUCCAUGCCAGCACCCGCGUGUUCCGCUAGAGCCGGCCUCGGGCUUCGCUCCCCUGAGUUUACGGUGCCGACCGCUUCCCGGGGUCCGCCUGGCUGUGUCCGCGGAGCGCGGUCACCCGACAGGCCCUCGUGCUUGCCCCUCAUGUCCGCGCCUUGCAGGCCGUCUGUGUCCCGAGUCCAAGGCCGCCCGCGGAGUUGGGUCACCAGCCACAUAAGGUGCUUGUGCUUUAUUUAUUUUCUAAAAUGUUUUAUUUGACUUGAGCCCAAGGCAGCUACUUAACCGAUUGAUCACCCAGG